GUACGGUCAGAUUACAUGUUCACCGCCAAAAGUAGCAGUGAAGCAAACUUCGAACAGGGUUACCUUAGCCGUUACGGCAACAUCGAGCUAAACCCUGCUGCUGUAAUUCUUAACUAUGGCCAGGGAAUAAUUGAGGGGAUGAAAGCGUACAGAGGAGAAGACGGUAGGGUUCUUCUCUUCCGUCCAGAGCUAAACGCGAUGCGUAUGAAGAUAGGAGCUGAGAGAAUGUGUAUGCAUUCUCCUUCUGUUCAACACUUUAUUGAAGGUGUUAAGCAGACUGUUAUUGCAAACAGGCGUUUGGUUCCUCCUCCUGGAAAAGGCUCUUUGUAUCUCAGACCGUUGUUGUUUGGAAGUGGAGCAAGCUUGAGUGUGGCUCCAGCACUAGAGUACACGUUUCUUGUGUUUGGUUCUCCUGUUCAAAACUAUUUCAAGGAAGGCACAGCGGCGUUGAACCUGUACGUGGAGGAGGUGGUUCCACGCGCCUAUAUUGGUGGAACUGGUGGCAUAAAAGCAAUUACAAAUUACAGUCCAGUACUUGAGGCGAUGAGAAGCGCGAAAUCGAGAGGUUUUUCGGAUGUUUUGUAUCUUGAUGCAGAGACUGGGAAGAACAUAGAAGAAGUCUCUGGUUCUAAUAUAUUCCUUGUGAAGGGGAAUACAAUAGUGACUCCAGCUACUAACGGGACAAUUCUAGGAGGGAUCACGCGUAAGAGCGUCAUCGAAAUAGCCCUUGAUCUUGGUUACAAGGUGGAAGAACGAAGCGUUGCCGUAGAAGAACUGAAGGAAGCAAGAGAAGUUUUCUGCACUGGAACUGCCACUGGGGUUGCUUCAGUUGGAAGCAUCACGUUUCAGAACACAAGGACUGAGUACAAAGUGGGAGAUGCGUCUGUUACACAGGAACUUCGAUCUGUUCUGGUCGGAAUACAAACUGGCUCUAUCCAAGACACUAAGGAUUGGGUUUUGGAGAUUGCCUAA